AUAUACACAUUGGAAAAUUAUAUAAAAUAUGUAUAAUCAAGAGCAUAAAAUCGCGAACGUAAUUCGGUCAAGAAAAAAAUUACGCUUAAUCCUGAAGGUAAUUCUCUAGUUAACCAGAGUCGAUAAUCGAAGAUUUCGCGAUCCAAAGCGAUUUCGCAUGGUUUCGCCUUGUCGUAUCUCCCAAAGGCUACAAUCGAGAGAUUCACAGUGCAUGAGGAGUGAGGGUGAAGAGAGAGGCGUGAGAAGAGGAAGGAGGGAGAGAGAAAGAGAGUAAGAAAGAGGUAGCGUAAUGGCAGGUCGCCGGGAGCGAUUCGAAGUUAAAACCCCAACGGAUUCGGGUAUUUUCGCCGGCGCGGCCGCGAGGAGGGCCGGGAGAGAGAAAAAAUAGUUAAGAGGCUGGCACAGUAGAGGGCGGACGGGUGGGGUGGGGGCGCCGAGACUUGAGGGACAGGUGUCAACGGUACGCACACUACAUCGUCACUGGCCAUCCUUUUUUUGUCCAGCCAAGGAUUUUCGUCAUUGUGAAAAAUCUUAUUUUACCCGAGCGAUCGCCGAGCACGAGGUGCCAGCUGAGAUAAAUGGUAAGCGAACGCGGCCGAAGUGCUAGGAGAUCCUCGAGAGCGUCGGGGAAACGUCCCGUGCACGGCCAUUUUCUGCUGAAUUUCGUGCGAAUUCGGCCCCCGCGUAUCGACUGGGGGCGCGCGCGCGCGCGCCGGGAGGGGGAAAGACGCGUUCCCUCCUCUCUCUCUUUUUCUUUCUCUUUCUCUUUCUCUCUUGUUCUCCCCUAACGCAUCCUCUUCGUUCUCCUCUCAUCUUUCUCGAUAGCUCUCUCGCUUAGCCACGCUCGAGUCCUCCUCGCUUACCCUCCUGUCUCUUCACCGCUCUCGCGUUCCUUCAAGUUUCCGCACACACAAACGUGCCAAGCGCGCCCUGCCCAUCCCCCUAACGAUCAUUCUCCCCAUCCCUUCUCUCUCUCUAUCUCUCGCUCUCUCUCUCUCACUCUCUCUUUCUCUGUCUCUCUCUCUCUCCCUUCGACAGGCCACCCCGCCGUCGUCGCCGCGUCGCGACGAUCCCGGCCGCUACACAGUAGGCUCUUCGUUUUUUCCCUUCUCCCCACCGUCCGGAGAGUACGUUCUUCCAAGCCGUGCACUUCCCGGUGCGGCGACGAUCUUUUCGAUCUCAACACACGGCAUCUUGUCGCGUUUCCUUAGACAUAAUUGACCACGACGACGACGGCGGCGACGGUGGUGGCAACGCAACUCGACAACUACGACAACUACGACGACGACGACGACUACGACGACGACGACGACUACGACGAUCACGACGACGACGACGACGACGACGACGACGACGACGAUAACGACACAACGAUAACGAUAGAAUAAAGAUUAUUUUUCGCGGUGAAAAAGAGUAAAGUACCACUCUAGGACAGCGUGCUGACUCGCGUUUCUUCGCUUCGGCUCGUGUCCUUCUUGUCUGUCUCGCCGGGAGGAGAAUUCCCCGAGAAAAGUGCUCGAUCAACGAGAGACGACGAAGAAACAUGGGGAAAGGGACGUCGUUGCUGUAUAUGAUUGACGGUUUGCAAUGAAUUUCCCGCCGUUCGGAGGCCACUUUCCCGGCACUAUACCGAGUAUCCAUCAGUUCGCGACCGACGGCUCCGGUGGUGCAGGCGCGCGUUACGCUAAUCAUUUUCCCAACCAGCCUCCGAUCGGAGUGCCGGUUAUGGGAAAGUACCGUCCUGAGACCAACGGCGUACAAACUCCUCAAUCUCAAGUGAUGAUGAACAACAAGGCUAAUUAUCCAAACAGCAACGUCCACCAUUAUCCCAAUGUGCCAUAUUCUCAAGCUCAACCGGUGCAACAGAGACCCUCCAAUUCUCCUGGAAUGCAAGAGAAACGUUCGUAUCAUCAGCAAGCCACCGAGACUAUAAAUCAACAGGACGUUUGCAAUCUCCUACAGGAUAAGGACAAAAGCAAGGAUAAGAAGGCGGAUGAGCAGCAGCGUAACGGGGACACUGCGACCAAUGGUGGACAGCAGGACUAUACGAUGCAUCAACAUCAUCAACAACAUGCCCACACCCAAACACCUGCUACGAUGCCUGCAACCUGGCAGUCCUUGGCAACGCCUGGCUCCACCGUAGCUGAUUAUCUUAGUCAUUUACCAGCUAGUACUUUGCCGCUUAGCUUACAUCAUUUUCUCAAGUACUCUGCAGAAAGUAUAAAGAAGGAAUCCGAAAUGGCACAAACAACAUCCGUAGCUGUAGCUACCACAACUACGCCUAAUAUCAUGAUGUCACCAAAUAACAAGAAAAAGAAGAAGAAGAAGCCACCAAAGGAAAAAAAACCACGCCCAAAACCAGGAGAAAUUCGAUUGACUACAGCUUUAGAUGGCUCUACACUUUACUGCUGUCCUGAGUGUCAUAUGGCAUACCCUGAACGAGAAUUGCUGGAACAACAUCUAUUAGGUCAUACUAUGGAACGAAGAUUUGUCUGUGACAUUUGUGGAGCGGGUUUAAAAAGGAAAGAUCAUUUGACACGCCACAAGCAAAGUCAUAAUCCUGAAAGACCUUAUGUCUGCACUGUGUGCCUAAAAGCUUUCAAGAGAAAAGAACAAUUGACGUUGCACUUUGUAAUACAUUCUGGCGAGAAACGUCAUGUGUGUACAGAGUGUGGUAAAGGCUUUUAUAGAAAAGAUCAUUUGCGAAAGCAUACUAGGAGUCAUAUUGCUAGGAGAGUGAAAGCUGAAUUAAGUCAGAAUGCUGGUACUCAACAGAAUCAACAGCAGAAUAAUGUAUCCAGUAUGCAAACGACGACCGUGUCAGCAUCGUCCGUUCUUCCAGGCGGGCAUCCAGGUCCUCUCCUAUCCUGAGCCCCGCCACCAGGGAACUUCCAAGUUCCCCAUCCAAACAAUAUUCUUCAUACUCAUACUUCGCAUCAUACAUUACAUCAUCAUCACUUGGCCGCAGUCAAUGUGGCGCACCAAUCGAACGUUACUCCGCUUGCUACACCCAGCCAUUAUCAGACGCACGAGCUCGGCUUUCUAGGACAUGUAAAAGAUUUCUGAGAGCAGGGGAAGACCUCGACUAAGAGGUAACAUUAUGACGCUACACGAUUGUCUCCGCGAACAGAGUUUCAGCGAUUUCACGUGGCUCGGACAUAGUGAGUUUUCUACAUAUAUUUCAUUUAAAAGUGAUUCAAACGAUGUUCUGCUUCUUGCAUCCUUCUUAUAAACGACGAUGAAUUCAUUCGUUCAUGCGGAUGCUAUUUAACGUACGAAUUCUUGCAUCCACAAUUAUAUUUGGAUGCAAAACGAUUCGAAGGAUGUCCAGAAUUUGUUCAACAUUUUCUCUUUAGAUCUUUAUAGCAUGAAUAAAUGUGAUAUACGAGCAAGGAUCGAGAACAGACACGUUCACACUAUAGUAUGGGUUGAAGUGCAUACAAAGUAUAAUUUCAGUAAGAGAACUAGAUUAGGAGCCUGAUUUAAGAGUCUUGCCAUACUCAUGGUAUGUAUGAAAAACAAAACAUAUUUUUGUGAAAGCUUGGUAUUAAUAUAUGGAAACUAAGCUAGUUAGCGGGGGAGAGAGAAAUACAAUGAAUUAUAUUUUUUUUCUUCAUAACUGUGCUGGAUCGAAAUGCUGUAUUUGCGAGUGUAUCUAUCAGAUUUUUAUAAUUAUCUGAUUCGGUUGAAUAGUGCAAAACAAGUUAUCAUAUUAAAGAAUCUUUUAGAAUUGUAAGGGCAAUAUAGAUGCAAAAACAUUCGUCCCAAUGUCUAUUCGAUUGUAUGUCUUUCAGUUUGAAUUAAUAUCAUAAAAAUUUGAUAUUUUCUCAAUAUUUUAUAUUUCAACAUAUUGAGUAUACUUUAACAAUGCAUUAUAUAGAUGAUACUUCUUAAUAUACUAAAUUUAUUUACUAAAUUUAUUUUAAAUGAAAAUUUUUUAAUUUUUAAAAUAUAGGAUUUAUUAAAAAAGAAAACAUAUAUUAAUAAUUAUUAUUAUGUAUGGCAAUAUUCUGUGCACGGUAAAAGUUAUACUUCUUUUGUUUUCUUUGAUUUUGCAUACAAAGUUGACAGUAUUUUAUAUUUUACGAUAGUUCCAAAAUUGUGCUUAUAUGUAUACUUUUAUACAUAAGUGCGUAAAUAUUUAUAUGAAUAUAUAUAUAUAUAUAUAUAUUUUACGAUUCAUCAAGAUCGUACUAAAAUCCUUUGUAAACAAACUCUUAUUGAGUUUGUUUCGUUUUUAUAUGAUUUUUACAUUGUUUUUAUAGAUAUUUUUCGUUAGAUCUGUUUAAUCUUCGUUGAGUACUGAUUACAUUCGUAAGUUCUGUCCUUAAAGGUACAGUAUAUAUUUAGGUUUUUUGUUUUUUCUUUUUAUAUGUGUAUACAGUACAUUAUGUUCAAAUAAGUACAGUUGAUAAACUGUUUAAUUUAUAUAUUGAGCCUUUUGUAAAGAUAACCCUCGUGGACUGUGAUCAUUUUGGAUAGAGAUUUCUUGCUCUAGUUAUCCAAAUGAACUUGCGUUAUCAAUUAUCUAUCUAAUUUUUUUUUUUAGACUUAUUAAUUGUGCCAUUCUUUUUAAAUCCUCCUUGCCGUUUUCUCUUGCCAUACCAAUAACUGUUCGGUUACGAUCGCUCACACUAUCGUACAUUUAUGUUUGUCGUCAAGUAUCUUGUACGUGUUUAAACAUUAAUUCAACGUCAAUAUGAUGGAAGAUAGUGUUGAAUAUGUUUAGGUACUGUAUAAAUGUAACGUAUAUGCCUGGUUAGGAAUGUGAUGCGAAUUUUUCAAAUGGAAAAAAGAUUGGAAAGUUUCAGAUAUGUAGAAUGCCAAUUGUAGAAUGUAUCUUUACACAACAAUUUUAGAUUUUUCAUUUGAAGUAGGCGAAAUAAACUUUUAAUCGAGGAGAAGACUAUGAGAAAGAGGAUUUCUAAACCAAUGAUAAUUUUUAACAUAAUGUUGAAACUAAUAAUGUCGAUGGUUUUUACUAUAUUCAUUAUAACCAACUUUUUUGAAGUAUUGCAUCUGUGUUGUAUAAUACUUUCAUACUUAAAGAUCAAAUGUCAUAGCACAACGAUGAUUAACUAUUAAACUAAUGCACCAUUUAAAGAACUAUCUAAUCGAUAUAGACAAUAGCCCAAUAGUUUCUGACAUAGUCUCUUGAGAAAUGUCACUUUUAAUUUGAUUAUACUUUGUUCGAUAAAUAAUAUCUUCUUUCCAAAAGUAAUAAACAAUUGAAAGAAAAUCCAAGAAAGUUAUAAAAUUAUCGUACGGUUGAUCCUCGUUGUUGACUCUUCCGCAUCAUGUUUCUAGCGUGAUACGUUUUAGCAAGUAACACGAAAAUUCAGGUUUCGUCAGACCUCAAGUAUAAUGAUAUAAUAAGAAUAUGACAUACAUAGUAUAUACUAAAAGUUGUAUAUAUCUAUAUAUUUAUAUUUAUAUAUAUAUAGAUAUAUAUAUAGAUACAUAAAUAUUAUAUUAUAAAAGUAUAAGAGAAUGAGCUGUAUUAAAAUACUCCACCGCCACGUAUUUGUAAUCGUAAAUAACAACAACAACAACAACAAAAAAAGAGAGUACACCUUAGACGGUACAUUUAGUAAGUAAGUUUGUAUACAAGACAACAAAAAUACGACGUAAAUUGAGAAAGAAAAAAAUUAGUGCGCGUGCGAAAGCGAGAAAAAAAAGAGAGAGAGAAAGAAAGAAUGAAAGUGAGAGCGAGAAAGGAUGAGAGAGAACGAGAGAAAGAAAAGUCGAAGAAGAAAGAGCGAGAGAUAGUCUCCUAAAACGGAGCAAGCCAAAUAUGGAGCUACUGAAGAAAAAACUCGCAAUGUCGAUAUUGUGUGUGUGUGUAGUUAUACCGAGAAUUCAAAGAGAAAGAGAGAGAGAGAGAGAGAGAGAGAGAGAACAAAAAAAAAUGCCGUGCGUAUUAUUGAUCUAAUCAUGCGAAGAGAAAAUAAUUAAUAAAAUAUAGCUUUAUGAUUUAUACAACGGAGUUGAGUGAUGAGAAGAAAGUUUUCCAAAAAUUGUACAUCUUUACAAAAAUAAUGUGAAAUGUGACAUCACAAAAUGGUGGUCUAUUCAAAAGCUAUGAUUAAGAAAACGGUGUUCUCGUAUUCGACGGAUUUUUUAUACUUUUUAAUGAAAAAAGAAAAUAAUAAUAAUAAUAAUAAUAAUAAUAAUAAUAAUAAUAAUAAUAAUAAUAAUUAAACAAAGUAAAUUAUCCGUCUCUUCGAGUAAAUAGAAGUUGGUGUUCCUAAGAAAAAAAAAAAGGAAAGAAAAGAAAAAAAAAUGAAAAGAAAGAACGAUAUUUAAAAUAGUUCUCUCUUUUUCUUUCUCUUCUCUCACUCUCUCUCUCUCUCUCUCUUUCUCUCUCUGUCUUUCUUUCUUUCUCUCUCUCUCUCUCUCUCUCUCUCUCUCUCUCUUUCUCUCUCUCUCUCUCUCUCUCUUGCUUUUUCUCUCUUUUUCUCUCAAAAUAAAAGGAAAAACAAUUCUCCAGUGCCUUCGCAUAGCGCUGGAAUUUUUCGUAUUUCUUCUAACUUUUUCGAUGAGUAAAAUAAAAGAAAUGGCGUUGUGCGUGACUCUUUUUGGAACACCGCGUAUAUGUACUUGCUACUUCCUCCAUUUUCUUUUUCGCAUAUAAGAUCUUCGCGCGGUAAAGUUCAUAUACGCGAAAGAAAGAGAGAGAGAGAGAGAGAGAGAGAGAGAGAAAGAAAGAGACAGAAAUAACGACAAAAAGUAAGGUUAAAUAUUUUUGGUAAUGAAAACGAUACAAAUCAUCGAAAACGACGACGAUGAUAAUGAUGAUGAUGAUGAUGAUGAUGAUGAGAAUGAUGAUGAUAAUGAUGAUAAUGAUGACGAUGAUGAUGAUAAUUAUGAUAAUGAUGAUGAUGAUGAUGACGAUGAUGAUGAUGAUGAUAAUGAUCAUUGCACCUUGUUAUUGACAAAUUCGUACAAGUAUCGAUGAAAGAUACGAUAGAGAAAAAAGAAGAUAUUGACAUAUUGACAUCCAUGUUUCUUUGUUUUUUUAAUUUUUAAUUUUUCUUUUGAACACUUUUGAACACGUUCAACAUGUUUCAAAGGGCUUUAAUUUUUUUUAUUUCAAAACACAUUUAGAAAUCGUGUACUUAAUCAUUCGUGCGACUCAAAAUGCAAAAUAAUGUAUUUUUACAUUGCGCUAUUUGAAUAUAUUCUCUACACAUACGUACAUACAUAAAUACACACAUACAUAUAUAUAUAUAUAUCAUAUACUUAAAUCGAUAAGUACGUAAUAUAUUUAAUUUGAUCGCUUCGAGUUAAAUAAUUAGACAUAUUUUUUACAUUUCGUGCGUUAAUUUUUGUCAACGUUUUUCUUUUUUUUUUUUUUUUUUACGUAGUCACAUUUUUAGCGGGAAAUUCAAAGAUGAGAAGUAGAGGAAGGGACGUAUUAAUUUUGACUUGUCAAAUCGAGUAAUGAAAGUAAACGUUGAAUAGAUUGUCAAAUUUUAUUGGUUAGUUUACUUGAAAAGAUCGACGUAAUGAAAGGAAAAAAAGGAAAGAAAAUAAACAACAUGAAUGAUUUUAUAAUGUUCUAACUCGAUGAUGAUUAAGAUUUCAAAAAAUCGAAAAAAAUAUAGGUCACGAAAGGAAGGAUUUAUGUUUAUAUACAUAUGCUUCUUACUCUGGCUCGUUCGGUCGUACAUAAACAUUAAUAAUGUAACAGUGUGUCGAUUAGAGGUUAGCGUCUUCAUAUAUUUUUUAAUGACAGAAGCGUUAUCUCUCGUGAUCAAAUAAAACAAAAAAAAAAAAAAAAAAAAAAAAAAAAAAAAAAAAAAGGAAAAAAGAUAAGGACGUUCGUUUUUCCAUUACGUGAGCAUCAUUCGUAAUGCUUCACAUGCAUAAGUAGUUGUCGUAAAUUUAACUUUUUCCCGUAUAUUUGAAUAUCUUGGAUUUUCCUGGAUUUUGCAGGCGAAGCGCAUUUUUGCCAUUUACUGUUGUUAGAAAGUGAACUCUAAACAGCUUAUUUUAUUAUAUCGCAUUCAUACAUAUUAUUAUACGCUGUGGAUAUGUAUAUGUAAAAUAAUAUACUGUUCAAAACAAUUAGAGGAUCAUUACUGUGAACUAGUUUUAUCAGCACCGAUCAAAUGAACGGAAAGAAACACAAAAAAAAGCUUCCCGAAAAAUUCUGUGAAUUAAUUUCUUUUUACACUUUAUUAUAACGCAUUUACUACUCUUCAUUAAAAAAAAAAAAAAAAAAAAAAAAAAAAUAAAUGAACAAACAAAAAUUCUUGAAAUUAUAUUUGCGGCGUGGAACGUGGAUAAAGAUUACAAUAUGUAAUCCUCUAAUUGUUCUGAACAUUUUAAAUAAAAGAUGAGAACCGCAGGCCCUUAAUCCGUAAGAUUAGAGGGUUUCCAGGCAAUAAUUCAUUAUUAAAUAUACAUAUGUCACCCAUUGUACGAACGAAAAUAAUUUUCGACCAAUGAGGGGACAUAUCCAUGCCUAUAACUAUUAUUACGGGAAAGAGUUAAGAAUAAUAUUUUCGAUUAUCGAAACAGAUUUUUGUGUAAUAGCCGUUCUCUCGAUGGACAGAGAAGAAAAAAAUUCUUACUUACACUAAAAAAAAAAAGGAAGGAAGAAUGAUAAAUGCACACACUCACAUGAACACACAUAUACACAUACACACUUCAUGUUGUAAAUCAAAUAGAAUUUCUCCGAAGGAUGAGUGUAACGGAUGAGAACAAUAUUUUUCUACGCAACGUCGAAACUCUUAAUCGUACUAAAUCGAUCGAUAGAGCCAAAAGUGAACUCGAUUGAAAGCCUUCGUAUAAGAAACGCGUGAUCUUCGAACGGGUCAAACUAAAACGGGUUUGCAACAAAAAAAAAACCGAUUGGAAUGUGGCCUAAAGAAUUAUUAUUAUUAUUAUUAUUACAUUAAUACUAUUAUUACUAUUAUUAUUAUUAUUAUUAUUAUUAUUAUUUUUUUUUUUAUUAUUUUUAUUAUUAUUAUUAUUAUUAUUAUUAUUAUUAUUAUUAUUAUUGUUACUAUUACAUUAUUAUGUACGAAGUUUCAAAUUUAGAGUUCUGAAUAUUGAGAAAAAAAUUGCUGCAAUUUUUUCAUGUACAUUGCAUUUUGCUAUAUUUGUUUGUAAUUAAUCACAUUCCUAUCGAUUAAAGUCAUUUUUUUUUGGGUGCGAACCAAGCCUUGUUCUUUCCUCGUUCGUCAGCGAAGAACAAAAUGUUUUAGUUUGCUCGGCUUGUCGUCCACUUGGCGUGCAUGCGUGCGUGCGUGCGUGUACCACACAACAUACAUUUUAAUGCGUGCGAUUCUAUAAGCGAUUUUUUCGCGAAGGACCCAACGUCGUCGUCGUCAGCGCGCGAACGAGUGAGAUACGAUCGAAGGGAAAUGUGGAAAAGCUACAUAUAUAAAAAAAAAAAUUCCUCGACAUAGUACAAAGCAUUUAAAAGCUCAAUUAUAUAUAUUUUUUUUCCCCGAAUAGUCUAGACGAGAGAGUCAUUUGAAGAUUUUACAAGUUUUUUAGUGGGCCGUUUCGAAAAGCUUACCAUGUGACCAUGAAGAAGAGGAAACUUAUAAUUCCCACCACAAAAAGAAAGUUCGUAAUGCGAAGUAUUUUUCAAUAUAUUUCUUAAUUUUUCUGUGUUUUCUCUCUCUCUCUCUCUCUCUCUCUCUCAAUCUUUCUCUCUCUCUUUUUCUCAAUCUCUCCAAAAUACGAGAAUAUAAUAUCCAAUAAUUAUUCUUGAUACUAUGAAUAAAAUGUAAAAUUUAUAUUGAAAUCAUUUUAUUAGAAUUAUGUGUACUUCGUGGACACCCGGUAAGCAUUAAUUCGAGAAAAAGGACACUUUGUAAUCAAUCCAUCAAAGGACAAAAUUUUUUGUUCGGACGUAUCCUAAUAUUGUUCUGUUUUCUGAUUUUUUAAUUUUUUUGUUUUUUUU